AUGAGGGCAGCACAGUGGAGAGGGGCAGCACAGUGGAGAGGGACAGCACAGUGGAGAGGGCAGCACAGUGGAGAGGGGCAGCACAGUGGAGAGGGGCAGCACGGUGGAGAGGGCAGCACAGUGGAGAGGGGCAGCACAGUGGAUAGGGGCAGCACAGUGGAGAGGGACAGCACAGUGGAGAGGGCAGCACAGUGGAGAGGGGCAGCACAGUGGAGAGGGCAGCACAGUGGAGAGGGGCAGCACAGUGGAGAGGGCAGCACAGUGGAGAGGGGCAGCACAGUGGAGAGGGGCAGCACAGUGGAGAGGGACAGCACAGUGGAGAGGGCAGCACAGUGGAGAGGGGCAGCACAGUGGAGAGGGGCAGCACGGUGGAGAGGGCAGCACGGUGGAGAGGGCAGCACGGUGGAGAGGGGCAGCACAGUGGAGAGGGACAGCACAGUGGAGAGGGGCAGCACGGUGGAGAGGGCAGCACAGUGGAGAGGGCAGCACAGUGGAGAGGGGCAGCACAGUGGAGAGGGCAGCACAGUGGAGAGGGGCAGCACGGUGGAGAGGGGCAGCACACACAGUGGAGAGGGCAGCACGGUGGAGAGGGACAGCACAGUGGAGAGGGGCAGCACAGUGGGGAGUGGCAGCACGGUGGAGAGGGGCAGCACGGUCGAGAGGGCAGCACAGUGGGGAGUGGCAGCACAGUGGGGAGUGGCAGCACAGUGGAGAGGGCAGCACAGUGGAGAGGGUCAGCACAGUGGGGAGUGGCAGCACGGUGGAGAGGGCAGCACAGUGGGGAGUGGCAGCACGGUGGAGAGGGGCAGCACAGUGGAGAGGGCAGCACAGUGGAGAGGGGCAGCACGUGGAGAGGGGCAGCACAGUGGAGAGGGCAGCACGGUGGAGAGGGGCAGCACGGUGGAGAGGGGCAGCACGGUGGAGAGGGAGGGGCAGCACAGUGGAGAGGGGCAGCACAGUGGAGAGGGGCAGCACAGUGGAGAGGGCAGCACGGUGGAGAGGGGCAGCACGGUGGAGAGGGGCAGCACGGUGGAGAGGGGCAGCACGGUGGAGAGGGGCAGCACGGUGGAGAGGGGCAGCACGGUGGAGAGGGGCAGCACGGUGGAGAGGGGCAGCACAGUGGAGAGGGGCAGCACGGUGGAGAGGGGCAGAACGGUGGAGAGGGGCAGCACGGUGGAGAGGGGCAGCACGGUGGAGAGGGGCAGCACGGUGGAGAGGGGCAGCACAGCAGAAGAAAGAUGA